AUGGGCUCCCCAGUCUUACAGCUGUAUGUAGUCCUCUGUCUGGGAGCCUCCUUGGGAUCUGGCAGUCCCAUCAUGAGCCUGGAGGUCUCUCCCCUGGAAGAAGAUCUGCCCCUGCUGGAUGAUGUUUUUUCAGAGCAGGAUGGUGUUGACUUUACUACUCUGCUAGAGAGCGUGAAAAAUGAAUUUCUGAAGACAUUGAACCUGUCUGACAUCCCCCUGCACAAUUCGGCCAAGGUCGACCCACCAGAGUACAUGUUAGAGCUAUAUAACAGGUUUGCAACUGAUCGGACCUCCAUGCCAUCUGCCAACAUCAUCAGAAGUUUCAAAAACGAAGAUCUGUUUUCCCAACCAACCAACUUUAAUGGACUCCAAAAAUAUCAACUCCUCUUCAAUGUGUCCAUCCCACACCAUGAAGAGAUUGUCAUGGCUGAGCUCAGACUCUAUGCCUUGGCCCAGAGGAACCACCUACUAUAUGAUGGGUUGGAACGAAAAGUCACCAUUUUUGAAGUGCAAGAAAAUGAAGGAGAGGAAAGAAAAAUGCUGGUUUUGGUGUCAGGAGAAAUCUAUGGAACCAAUAGUGAGUGGGAGGCUUUUGAUGUCACGGAUGCCAUCAGACACUGGCGAAGGUCAGAUUCUACUACGCACCGGCUAGAGGUCCACAUAGAGAGCAGAAAUGAGGGGGCUGAGCCUUCAGAAAGAAGUCAGCCAGAGAUAGAUGUCAGUGCCCACAACAAGCAUGUCCCUUUGCUUAUUGUGUUUUCUGAUGACCAGAGCAAUGACAAAAAGGAGGAGAAAGAGGAGUUGAGUGACAUGAUAGAUCAUGAGGACCUUCUGGAACUGGACAACCUAGAUACCGAUAAUUUCCAUGAUGGUCCUGGUGAAGAAGCUCUAUUGCAGAUGAGAUCCAAUAUUAUUUAUGAUUCCACUGCCCGAAUUAGGAGAAAUGCCAAGGGAAACUAUUGCAAAAAGACACCACUCUAUAUUGACUUCAAGGAAAUUGGUUGGGAUUCCUGGAUCAUAGCUCCUCCAGGAUAUGAAGCAUAUGAGUGCCGGGGAGUUUGUUCUUACCCUCUGGCAGAGCACCUAACACCCACAAAACAUGCCAUCAUCCAAGCUCUAGUCCACCUGAAGAAUCCUCAGAAAGCUGCCAAAGCUUGCUGUGUGCCCACCAAACUGGAUCCCAUCUCUAUCCUCUACUUAGACAAAGGGGUUGUCACCUACAAGUUUAAAUAUGAAGGCAUGGCUGUGUCAGAAUGUGGCUGUAGAUAG